UAGAAAACUUGCACAGCCACUAAAGUAGUUCAACGCCAUCAACGUUCACCAGGACAACGCUGAACACGCGCUGAACCCAUCAUUAUUGGCAUUCCUUCGUCGCCUGCAAAACUUGUUUCUUUUUACCUGCACACCGACCGCCUUUCGUUUCUCAUGUUUUGACAGCUUUCUUAGAUUGUACUCUUAUAGAAUCUUCAUCCUCUCAGGCCAAUAUUUCGUUAGGCAAUCACGUACAAUAUGCAAACACAAGACCACCAGCGACGUUCACCGAAGCGCCAGGACACUUUCGACCUUCGUGACCAAAUUAUGGCCGACGACCCUACAGCAUCUGCACAUAUGCAUGCCCAUGCAGAUGCAACCAAUACCUAUGCAGGCGCUUCUGAUGAAGAGCAUUCUGUUCUAGAAGAUGACUCUGAUGGUGAAGAGCGCGAGAUAGAAUAUAUGGACGAAGACGACGACCGUUCGUCUUCACUUUCUAUUCCAAAUGAAUCUAUCGACUUUGACUUGGUCUACUCGCUGCACAGCUUCGCUGCGACCGUCGAAGGUCAAGCCAGCGUUGUGAAAGGCGACAGCUUGUUCCUUAUGGACGACAGUAACAGUUAUUGGUGGCUUGUUCGUGUGCUCAAGACACAGGACGUUGGAUAUAUUCCUGCAGAGAAUAUUGAGACGCCCUUUGAACGCUUGGCCAGGUUGAACAAGCACAGGAAUGUGGACCUUGCACACGCGACACCACAAGAACUCCAAGAAGACGUCGAACGCGUGCGGAACAAUCUUUCUUCUCGCGCUGGCUCGCAUCACUCCCCUUCUCCUACCCCUGGUUUUCCACCCACGGGUGCUGGGCAAGGCAAAGGUGUCACGUUUACAACUGCACGGUCUGUACACCGAUAUCCGCCUGCUGUCUGGCAUGAGGAAGAGGAAGAAGAGGAGGAUAUAGAGUGGGAUGACGGUGCAUAUGAGGAAGAAGACCCAGACCUUGUAGAAGACAUGCUUAUUCGACAGCGCCAAGGUCAGAUGGGCCGCGAUGAGCAGCAGGAUUCUAUGGGCAUGCAGAUGGAGCCGGAUGAUGGAAUGAGCUGGGAUGAUAGCGUUGCAGAGGACAUGCAAGCACAAAACGCGCAGAAGAAGAUAGAGCAACAGAUGCUUGUGGCGCCUGAUACUCUGCGACCUAGCGGCACACCUGAGAGACAACAGGCGCAAAUCCAGGUACAACAGCAGCCAGAGAUAAUAAUCACCGAACAGAGGCAGCAGGAGGAACAGGCACUUGCUCAACAAGCUUUGCGCCAUCAAUCUUCACGCGAUCGUAUCACUGUUGAUGUCCGUUCAUCUUCACCGCCCUCAUCUAGUAAGAGCAUUGAUCUCGCCGAAGUAACCGAAACAAAAAAACUCUCCGUGACGCCUUCAAUUGCUCGUGAUGAGCCAGUCAAACAAGCUUCAGCACCGAGCGGCCCCUUCUUCCGAGCGCAAUCAUGCAGAAGCAAGAGGUCGAGCGGCAACGCACCCGCGAGGAAAUUGAAGUUCUCGAGGAAGCUUCGAAAAAGAAGCUCAAGAACAAGUCUCUACAGCCCAUCUCGAAUACCCCAGUCCAGAAGCCUGUGCAGGCGUCUGGAGAAAAAGGAGAAAAAGAAAGGAGGCGUAUUCGGACUCUUUGGCCGCAAGAAAGAUAAAGGCAAGGAUAAAAAUUCUAUCGAAACGGCUUCCAAUGAAACCCGCGGGUCUCAAGAAUCAGGGCGGUCCUCCAGCAACCUUCACGGACCCGCAUCUGAACCUCCGAUGUCCCCUGUCACCGCAUCAGCCAUGCAACAACAACAGCAAGUUCUUCGCACGCCAAACGAUUCGAGGACGCCAACGAGACUUCAGUCGCAGCAGACGCCUCAGACACCGCCACAACAAGUACAGGCUCAGGUGUCGCAGCAUGCGUCACAGCUGCGCCAGCGGGAUCAGCAACAACAGGCACUGUAUCAGCAAUAUCUCAAUCGUUCGCCGUCAUCGCCACCGGAAGCGCCUUCAUACGGAUUACAAUCUGCUUCCGCUGUGUUAUCAAGCUCGAGUUCGUAUAAUACCUCUGCCACCUCUGCCGCUGGGCUUGGGCUGGGCUUGCCCUCCUCUAGACCACGACCCGGCUCCCUAGUUCUUUCGCCCACUGCUGACGGACAAGGUGUUGGCCAACACUUGCAGACCGAGGCGACUUUCAAGACUGUUCUUCUCAACGCAUCUACUACUUCAGCCGACCUCAUUCGUCAAGCUAUUCAACGCUUCCGUCUCCCCGCUGGCGAGGACGGAGCAGACUACUACCUCACCAUCAAACAGGUCGAGGGUUCAUCUGCAGAUCUGCUUCCGGAAGAAAAACCUCUCGGAGUCUUCGAGUCGCUUGUAGAGGCCGCCAUGGAAUUACCAAAAGUCAAGCGGAGCAGUGUGGGCAGUAUCAGCUCCAUCUCAAGCAACCUCUCCAUGCAUCCCGCCAUAAAGAAGUUAUCCAUGAACGACUUCAGUGACGACUCCGUUGUCAAAUUCUACCUCAACAGACGUCGUGAUGAUGCAGAUGACAGCGCCACGACAGAAGAAGGUGAUGAGACAGUGCAGGCUGAUACGUCUCACGAUGUAGCCGAGGGUCAAAAUACCUCGGUGAGCAGUGUCAACGUGACUCCUGAUCGUUUCAGCUCUCCCUCGUACCGCUUCACGUUGCAGCUUGUUAUCCAUCCCGAGGACCUGCCUGAUGAUAUGGUCUUCGACCCAGUCACAGAAGCCAUCGUAUUCAAGAACACGCUACGUGAUAGAACCCAUUCUACAUCAUCAAUUUCUUCUGGUAUAUCACAGGGUCAGCGCCGAAAAGCCUUCACCUUCCCGAAGAAUGUCACUGUUGCUGAAGUAAUUGAACUGGGACUUGAGCGUUUCGGCAUCUUGGAAAUGACGAAGAGGCGGAGUACCAGCAAAGUCCGAUAUGGUCUCACAGCUGACAUUGGAGGGCAAGAACGAGAAUUAUCGCCUUCAAGUAAAGUUACCGAUGCAUAUACUCGCCCUCCCACAAUCUCCUAUCGAACGUCAUCGUCUCGUCAUCGCAUGUCCGCGCCCCUUGAUGAAAUCGCCCUUCAACAUUUCCGUGAUUCAGUUUCUGGCUCUAGUCUCAGCUCUGAUAAUCAGACUUCGGGUACCGAGGAAGUUAAACCGAGGCAGCUGUCAAGACAAGAGAUCAUUGCAGCACAGCGCGCCGCAUCGCGAGCGAAUCAGAAGGCCAUUCUUUCGGCCCAGAUGAACUCCCUGCGCGGCGUAGAUGUUCUUCUACCCGGAAACGCCAUGAUCCGCAGCUCCAGGUAUGACGCUGGAGACAAGAUGCGCUAUUCAUACGUGCAAGACGGCGAGUCGUUUGAUAUCAGUGACAUUGUCGAGCAAGAGUUUUGCGAAGGCAACUCGGCACAAAAGAACGACUUGCUAGAAGGCGUCCUCGGGCGCAAUAAGGAAGGCAUGAACGAGAAGAUUGAUCGCGUACUGAACAAAAUCAAAGAUGGUCGACUUCACGCUCAAUAUGUCGUUGCGGCUUCGAGUCAGUCUGACGGUCUUCCCUCCGGUGGCUCUGGUGGCUCUGGCUCUGCACCCUCAGAAUAUUCCGUCGAUGACGCCGUAACUCCCCCUUCUGGUUCUGACGGCAGGACUCCCACACCGCUUGCGAGUAGUGUCACUGGAGCUCGACGCGUUGCAUCACCAGUGUCUGACAUAUCUCGGACACCGACGCCUACUGCAGCAGAUGGCCGACACAGCCGCACCCGAUCUACUACCCCGUCAUCGAAACAAGGAACAAAUGCUCCUCGCCCUAUUCGUCAAUCAUCGAUCGCUUCUGUCAUGUCAGAAGUAUCGAUGUAUGCCACCCCCACUGGACAGCUCAUCAGCCCCCCUGAAACGCCGCGUAUCAACACCACCCCCAAACCGCAAAUUCCCAAGCGACUGUACAUUCCCAAAGAUGACUUCGGUCUCUCGCAUAUGAUGGCGAUCAUUGAAAUUGCUAGUGCAGUACCCAGGGUGCCUCAAACCUCUGUACACCCAGUGGACGAGUCACUGUUUGGAAAACCAAUAGAUAUGACGACUCUACACCCAGAUAUUCAAGAGAUAUACGCGGGUGCUUUCCAACAACUUGAUGAGAUGGAUAAGGUAGGAGAUUUGUUGCUGAUCGAACAAAAUGUUUCGUGCUGAUACACUUGGAUAGACAUUAGAUGAAUACCUUCAA